GUGACGGUUUUUCUCCCCCUGUCCCCGCGAGCGGGGGGGGCGGGGUCUGGGUCUGGGUCUGGGUCUGGGUCGGACCUUCUGUCGGUGCUGCACGAGAGCCCUGUCCCCUGUCCAAGCAGCAGCUCCCGCUCCUCGAGCUGGGAGUGCCACACAAUAUUCCAUCCCCCGUCCGUCCCUGACAGGGCCGGGGUGAGUGAGUGGGAGGGAGAGAAACCCAGUCAAACCUCACAGCUUCCAGGAGGGCUGCCCACCUACCAGAUCAGGAGGACUCUGCUUCCUUUCCCAGCCUUUCAAAUCCAACCCCCCGAGCCAAGGAGGUGGCAGCACAGGCCUUGAAUCUUCUCAACCUCGAGAAAGAUGCCUGGCCGUUGCCCGGAGUGUGGCUCCUCUGAGGUGGUCGAGGAUUCCCACUACAGCCAGAGCCACCUGGUGUGCACCGAGUGUGGCUUCCUGCUGACCGAGGGGCUGCUCACCACCACACGCUCCGAGGAGACUUUCUCCCAAGCAGUGAGAUAUAGUGAGAGCACGGCAGAGGUGAAAAAGCCUUGUCGCAACCAGAUACAAGGUCAGAAGAGGGUACACGACCUGUGUCGGAUUUUGCGAGUACGUCCACUUGUCGAAGACACAGCCAGCGAGCUUUAUCUGAAAGCGUAUGAACAUCAAAGCUUCCUGCAUGUCACUCUGGAGAAGAAAGAAGCCUUGGUGGGCUGCUGUGUUCACAUCUCCUGUCGCCAGCACAAUUGGCCUCUGACCCUGAGUACCAUCUGCUCACUGCUUCACGUGGAGCCCACCCUGUUCUCCACUGUCUACCAGCACCUGCUGAAAGAGUUAAGAUUGGAUAUUCCAACUCUCAGCCUUCUGGAUCUUGUGAAAACUCACUGUGAUGGUUUUAAUUUGUUCCAGAAUUCUGCAUCAAUCCCAUCUCAGUUUCUGGAGAAUAAAGACAAGGUGGUGGAACGUGCCAUGCAGCUUGUGGAGUUGGCCAGUGAGACAUGGCUAGUGACUGGGAGACACCCAGUGCCUAUUAUCACGGCAGCUGCUUACCUGGCCUGGCAGUCACUGCUACCUGGACACCGUCUGAAGUGCAGCCUGGGAAAGUUCUGCAAGUUGGCCGGAGUCAGGCAGCCCCCACCUGCCUCUCAGCGGGUGAAGGAAAUGCUUGACAUUCUAGUCACGUUGGCAUCACAACUGGCCUGGCUGGUCCCACAGCAGCUUGAUGCCAAGACUGUGGUGAAAUAUACCGAUGAUAUUCUCCGCCACCGUACCCUGUUACUCAGGCAAACGCUAAGUCUCGCGAGUACAAAGAACACAGAUGGGCAGACAGACCCAAGUGAAGGAAUAGAAACGAGUGGGGAGGCUGAGGCUGGGAACGGUAGUGGGGAGAUGGUACCCUCCCUUGUGGAGCACCCAGAUACGUCAAGGCGGAAGCGCACAAUGCCAAUCUUCCUCCCGCCAUGUCUCAAACAAAGGAAAUGGAAGAAGGCAUGCCCAGAAGCAGAGACCACCCUCCACACUGAGCCAACCACGGGAGAGGAGGAGAUAUCUGACAGUGAAAUUGAGCAGUACUUGAGGACGCCCGAGGAGAUGGCAGCCUUCAAGUCAGCACGUGCCAUCCUGUAAAUGGUACUCCCUAAUCACUCACUCAAUGAUGCUGGCAGUGCUUGUUGCAGAGAAGCAGUGCCUCUUUGUGCUAUGUCCAGAGUGUCUGAGGUGAAUGAGGACUGAAAGCUACCACACUCCUGCUAGCUGGUAAAUUAGUAUGUUGUUGCUGUGCAGAAGGUGUAUCGAGUCUAUUUGUUUUCAGAAUGUCACUCUCACUGGAGUUAUUUUUGUCCCUCUCUACAGUUUUAAUUUGUUAGUUGUAAAUUGGACUGAUUAGAGUUACGUGCAUUGUGAAAUCUGGUGCCAGGAGAUAUUACAUUUCCAGUGGGACUGCCGGUCACUGGAUUCGAGAGCCAGAAAAUCUGUUUCAGUGAAGUUAUAAAAUUUGACUAGGUCACUCCAUCUAUUUGGUACCAUCGAGCAGCACCACCUCCGAAAUAUUUAAUUCAGGAGCAUAAGAUUAAAUCUUUUACAUUUUAAUGUCAAAAUAACAUUUUCAUCGUCCUUUUCCCAGACAGACUGGACAAGCUUACACCAAUCCCCAUAUCUUUGCUCUGACGAAGGAAUCAUUCUCAAUAAAACAAGCACCUCAUUUUUAAAUAUGUCCACUUUUACCUCCUGGUUUGAAUCUAUCGACAAACAACAAGACAACAAAACCCCAGGUGUAUUCAUGUGAUUCACUCGUCAUCAGCCAUACAUACAACUGAAAAGUGUACACCUAUGUUAACCUUAGAAAAGUCAAAGUCUUUCACCCCAUUAAAUAUUUGGAAGCAAUGACAACAGAACCUUGUACCUGACAUGCCCUGAGUCAUGGUCAAGUGGAAAGCAGAAAUAGUGCAUGGCUGAAGGUGACAAGAAUGAGAAGGGAAGUGCAAGUCAGACAUAACACUCAGGUUCCAGCGGUGAUUUAUCCUGUUAACAGGACUCCAUCUCGGAAUUGUGUCCUGCUGACAGGAGGAACAGGUAAUUCCAUAGUUCAAAUUUAAGGUCGGAUUCUGAAGAGGAUGAGAAGAAACGUGUUGUAAACUCACGAGCAGGUGAUCAAACUCAGCUGAACAUAAAAAGGGGAACUAGAAGAGAGAUGAGUUGUCAAUGUGUUUGCUGGAAACAUUCCAGUUCCACUUCACCGGUCUCUUCAGAAAGAGCUACGCAGUCAGUCUUAAUCUGGUUCGGAUGGGUAUUUAACAAAUGAAAUUGCAGCUAACUCCUUACAGAACUCUUCCAGGACAAUGACACCCUUCAGAAUUGUGACAUGAUCCACCCUGCAAAAUUAACAAAUCAAAAAAAUCAAUUUAAUUAAAUGUUUAAAUCAGGUCAUGAGAUGAACAAUCACAAAUGUAAACAAUGCUGUCCUCUGCUCUCAUGAUACCCUUUAGUUCAUCCUGAUAAAGCAGGAAUCAGCUCCCUUACCAAUUGGCAAGGACAGUUAGUCAAAGUGUUCAAACCUGACCAGUAUUAAAAAUGAUUUGAAAGUUGUGGUGCAGAAAUCAAGCUGGGUUUGGGCUUUCAUCUUGAGAAUUGGACUAAAGCUUGAAGACUGCAGUGAGACAGAGUCGGGGUUGGGCUUGCAGAACGAAGGGGCCAGUGUGAGGAUGUGUAGACUGAGGAGAAGUGGAGUAGGAAUGGGGGUUUGCGGACAGAGGACAGUCAUAUGCAAUCAAAUUCUCCUCAACUCUAACGAAUACAAACCCAAACCAUUCCACCUCCAUUCAAAAUCCUUCCCUAUCCCAGACUAAUCCUCCAGACUGCCUCCAAAGACAGUAUAUCUUUCCUUCGAUAAUGGGACUGAGACUGUUCACAGUAUUCUAGCUGUGGUGUGACAAAUGUCCUUUAUAUAGUUUUAGAAAAACGUUCUGCUUUACGCACUCUAUUCCCUUUGGAACAAAGGCCCUCAUUCUGUAUUACCAACUGAACUUGGAUGCUAGCUUUAUAUGAUUCAUUAGUUAAAUAAAUCAAAGUGUAUGAAAAAUAUCUGCUUUGACAAAGCUAAACACAUGAACUCGCAAAUGGCUGAAGCUCCUGAACAUUAGGAACGUGCUGAAAAAUUCCAUGUCACUUACAUACUUUCUGGUUCCAAUCCCAUCAGCUGUCUUCUGACCAACAGCAGCUUGGAAGGAAACUGUGGGAUUCUCUGGAUUCUCUGCAUGAGAUCUCCUAUUACCUGAGGCAAGCAGAGAAUGGGAGUUUCGUUACAGCAUCAGUCUGAUUGGGUGACUGAUUUUCUUUUCAAGUCACUGUGAUGAUGUGAGCAUCGCUGGUGCGGUCAGCCUUUAUUGCUUGUGAGAAUGCGGUGGUGUACCAUGUUCUUGAUUCGCUUAAGUCCAUGCAGUAUUAGUGUGCUAACAGUACUUUUUCAGAACAGUUGCAUGGUUUGCUCUCCAUUUCAGAGGGCAGUUAAGAGUCGAAACACAUUGCGUGGGUCUGGUAUCAAAUAGGCUAGGCUGGACUGGUUAUGAUGUGUGAUUAUUAUACCAAAUAAAUUUCAUUAUCAUGAGUAAUAA